AUGCCGCGACGGAAUGCAUCCACACACUGGUUGCAUGCUCUGUGUCGUAGGGGCUAUUCAACCAACCAGAGCUCAUCAAAAAUCGUGCACAUCCCCAGAUCCAAUGUAUACCGCUUUGGUGAUGCAAACGGUGCACGCAGUGUGUUCCGCGAUUUGGAGUGGACUGUAAAUGAUGGAGAAAAUUGGGCUGUAGUCGGUUCGGGGUCGGGUGAAAAGACCGCAUUAUUGGAGACCCUGCUGGGCAAUCUACGCAUCUCACCUCCACCUCCAAGUGGUCCGUUUCCCUUCCUCUCCAAUCUGUUGUCGGAUUCUUCCAAGGCGAAUAGGCCCUUUCAUGAACAAGUGUCCCUUGUUUCGUUUGCCCAUCGCCCUCGUGCAUCAGGUGGUACAUUUUAUGACUAUACCGCACGGUAUGGUGCUGUUCGUGAAGAGGACCGCAUCACCCUGAGACAGAGUAUGUUCCCCGAAGAGUCGGGGCUCAUACAUAACUCAAUUUCGUCAUUCAUUGUGGACGGUGAGAUUGUCCCAGGUAAGGAAGAGAAGGAGGAGCGGGUGAGACACUUUCAAGAGUGGGUAGAAGGGCUAGGACUGGAACAUCUUCUAGACCUUCCUCUAGUGGCUCUGAGUAACGGACAAACAAGGAGGGCUAGAAUUGUCAAGGCCCUGUUGAAUAAGCCAGGAAUUUUGCUCUUGGACGAACCUCUCACUGGCCUUGACGUUCAAAUGCGCCCCACCCUGCUAUCGCUCCUACAUCAGCUUCACGAAUCUCGUAAUCCCCGCGUGAUAUUGGGUUUGCGAAUGCAGGAUCCUAUCCCUGAAUGGAUCUCCCAUAUUGCUGUUGUCAGCGGUGGCCGCGUGCAAGCCGGCCCCAAACAAGAUAUAGAAGCAAUCAUCGAGUCAACUAAACGACAGGACGGGCAGACCAAUACCCUUGGAAGCAACGCAAAAGCUGCAUCCAAGGGGCUUCCUCAAGUCUUGGUAGAUAUGCGCAACGUGAAUGUGAAAUAUCACGAUCGUCAUGUCCUCAAAAAUAUCAACUGGGUUAUCAAGGCCGGUGACCGAUGGCAUCUCCAAGGAGCAAAUGGAUCAGGGAAAACAACCCUGCUCUCCAUGUUAACCGGCGAUCACCCCCAAUCAUACACCCAACAAGCUCCUUCUUUACUCUCUCUUUUUGGUUCCCCACGUCGCACACACGCGACUGCAACCCUGCGAACCCGCAUAGGCGUUGUCUCCCCCGAGCUUUACAAUGCGUGGCCCCGUGCGCGGAACAUGAGCGUUUGGGAGGCGGUCGCUACUGGUUUUGACGGCGGCUUUGUACCAUUAGGAGAACGCGGCCUAGGUGUCGGAUUGCGCGGCGGGCUCAGUCCGGAGGAACUCGCUUGGCGUGAGCAGCGGGUAUGGGAGGUCCUCGGGCGACUAGGACCGCAAACUUGGGGUGGCGAUGUGGAGCAGGACACGUCAGAGGAAUUUUCAAAGCGGACGUUCUCUGAGCUGCCUGCAGGCGCCCAGAGUAUUGUUCUCCUGAUGCGCGCACUGGUUGGGCAGCCGGAAGUUGUACUGCUUGACGAGGUUUGGGCUGGGAUGGACGAAGGGAUGAUCAAGGCAGCUAGACGAUACCUCAAGGAGGACGGUGUUGGUAUAGACCAGGGAGUUGUGGUCAUAAGCCACUGGGAAGAAGAGGUACCUUGGGGAAAGGCCGAGGGCGUCCGGCGCUUCAGGUUGGAUGACGGUGUUGGUCAGGAGGUUUAG